CCAAACCGUUGGAAAAAUGCUGAUAUCUUCGAUUUCAUUAUUUUGAUGAGCGCCUGAUUUCACCACGAAGCCUCACAUAUUUAGAGCUAGACUACUGCCAGACAUUCUAUCUUUAGAUCUAGACACAAUUGGAGUGUUUCUGUGCUUGUUUUGUGUGAAUUUGAUUUUUCCAUUCUGAUACUGCUGACAACAGCGAAUUGCUAGACUCUAGGCUACUCUAGAAUAGGCAGAAAACACUGCAAACCUUUUCAUCAUGGGGAGGAAGUGCUCUGUCUGUAACUGUCGGACAGGCUUCUGUAAGAGUAGGAGAAAGCAAUACCUUUCUGCUUAUCAUCGGCCGAGAAUUCUAACCGACAAACUCCUAAAUUUCCUCGAAUUGUUUUUCUCCAAAAAAUAGAUCGAUACGACGAAGGGCUACGUCCUAAUUAAAUCCUUAUCAAUUUUGUUUUAUAAAAAAAUUCUAAUUGUACAUUCCGACUGGUUUCCAUGACAGAAGAAUUCAAAGCGUCUAAUUCAUUUAGGUUGCCCGUCAUUGUGCAUUACGGCGAUGCGAUCACGCAUUGCUCUGAAGGAGGUGUUUGAUUAUGUUUGGACUUUGUCCAAGCCAGAAAAGGCUGCUUUUGUUUAAGGGUUGAUCCACAGUGUUGAGCCUGUGGAGAAAAAGGAGGGAGAAAGCAGAAGAUCAAGGUCCAUGAAGUACCAUCUGAUUCUGCGGGUGAAUGGGGCCAGGGUCAAAGUGUGUAUGGCUGUCUUUUUCAGUCCUGGACUCUGCAACUGGUGGGUUCACAAUGUUCUCACAUGUGGGUUGGGUAUAGCAGAGGGUGAGGUUCCAGUUCAGAGAAAAAGGGUAAGGGAGGAGACUACAGAAUCAAAGGCACUUAAUCAGUUUCUUCGUGAUCUGCCCAAGUUGCCAUUUCACUAUUGCCGAAGGACUCCAGUAAGUAAUACUUGGAACCUGUUUUUCAGAGCUUACAGACAGUGUACCUAAGCUUGUAUUAUAAAGAUAAGUGUGAGUCUGUGUGUGUGAGUGUGUCAAGGUACUUUCUGUACCUUCAUGUUUAAGGAGGAGCUCAAUGGUAAGAACCUGUUAUUGUUCCAUCCUCGAAAAGAGAAGUGUGACCUUUGUGUGGGCUUUGAGGAGGGAAAUUUGGAAAAGGGGGCAUACAAUCAGCAUCGCUUGAGAGCUAAACGUGCACAGGAUGAAAAAACAACAGACAAGGAAAAAUGCAUGAGCGGCCCCAAAAUCAAAUGCAUCAUCAUGAACCUGCAAUCAGUUCUGCUAUGUCCACGCACUAAUGCAUUUGCCUUGUACUAUAAGACGAAAUUGUGUGUACAUAAUUUCACAGUAUGAUCUAAAGAGCAAGGACUGUGUAUGUUAUGUCUGGAAUGAAUGCGAGGGUGCUCUGACUGCAAAUGAAUUUGCUUCUUGUAUGGCUGGGGUUUUUUUGGUCAUCUGAUUAAACUCAAGAUGAAUAUAUCAUAUUAUUAUAUUCAGAUGGAUGUGGUUAUCAAAACCGCAAUGUCACAAUGAGUUCUGCACUGUUACAUUUCAGCUCUGUCAAUGGUAAGACUGUAACACUGAAAUUCCUAGAGAACGGCCAUACACAGAUGGAGGUGGACAGUGCUCACAGCACAUCUACUGCCCAGCUGAUUAUGUCAGGCUGAUGGAAGAAAGUAGGAAAGUGAAUCCAUAUGUUGUCAAGUAUUCGACUUGUGAUUUCUUUUCUGACUUCACCAAAAUGAUCAACCUGAGUUCAAUUAAGAGCACUUCAAUAUAUACAUCAGAUGGUCAAAUCAAAUACAAACUGAGAUUUGAUGAUGACUGGUCACAUCUGCCAUUGAAGCGUGGCAAGUCCACAGACAUUCUCCAUAAAGGCAUGAAGGAACUGCCUCUGUACCAGGAUAGAAGAAAAAUGACACAGGCCAAGUUCAAACACAUGCAAGAAAUGAAGUCUGCGGAGCCAUGUGACUACAACAGUUUCUAGGGUACAGAGGCAUCAAGUCUUAUCACCUGCAAAGGAUUGACGUCAAAAUACAUCACUCGUUGGAGUCAACUGUUCAAGAGCUUCUAAAGUUUGUCUCAAUUGAUGAAAGUAAUGACUGCCCUGCUGACAAAAAGCCGCUCUUCUUUGAGUGUCAAAUCCAGCUAUUGAAAGCGCCAAAGACACCUGCAGCCUUCUAUGACUUAAACGAUUUGUGCAAAGCCUUUCCUUGGUACACAAGAUCCAAAGCUCUGUACCUUCAAAUGAGAUGUCAUCUGACCCUACCAUCAUUGACCAUACUCAGGAAACUCACUUUCAAGCUGUUAAGGUGAAUGAGACCCUGUAUAUAUCUGGACAAAUUGGAUUUAUUCCGGAAACCAUGGAAAUCGUUGCAGGGGGUGCUGCUGCGGAGACGGAUCAGGCACUUAAGAAUUUGGGGACAAUUUUGGCAGAGGCCGGAGGCACCUAUAACAAUGUUGUCAAGACCACAGUAUUGUUGAAGGACAUUGGUGAAUAUGCUGCUGUGAAUGAUGUUUAUGCAAAAUAUUUCUCUGAGUCCAAACCAGCCCGUGCAGCUUAUCAAGUGGCAGCUCUCCCAAAGGGAGCUAAUGUUGAGAUCGAAGCUGUGGCUGUGAUUGGGGAGAUUGUGGACGCCUGACUAGUUUCACCUCCAACUUAUGAGAAACUCACCAGUGCCUUGUGAUGUUGCAUGCCAGACAUUAGUCUUUUGUUGAAUUAUAUUUUGUUGUGAAUGUAUGCACCUUCUCAGAGUGAUGCUGUGUGCUUCAUGAAAUUCAGUUUGAAUUAUUCAGAUUACUUGGAUUGUAUUAUUUGAUGUAGCUUAACUAUAAUGUCUUUUUCAUGCUGUCUUCUGUUUUUGAUGACUCACUAUUGUUCAUGCUACGGAAUUGUGCCAUUCUUAUUUCGUACCCAUUUUAUUUUUAUAGAGUCAUGUUCUUUUUCUCCAGCAUUAGGCAUUAGGUAACAACAUGUGCAAAAGCCUCUGCUGGAAUUGCUGAUUUAUCAGAAUAGUAUAGCCAUUUACUGCAUUGGUCAACUGCGGAGAAUAUUGAUAGAAGGACAAAUGAUUAAACUUUGAGACGGAAUAAACAGGGUGACUUCUGGCUUUAUCUGUUCACGUGUUUAGAAAAUUCAGUAUUAUUGAAUAAUGAAAACUUUUUGAAACAACAUGCUACUUUUGUUAUUUCAUUGUGAGAUUGCUAGAUUCGGUCGAGCUGUACUGUGUAUUUGAAUUGUUUUGAUAAACCUGAGUAUUUGUUUCAAAAUUUCACCUGAGAAGUUUUUACUCAAUGAUUACUAGAUCUGUUGACUUUCAAAUACCAUUACUAUUGUCGCACAGAUGAAGUAUAGAAGUUCAUGUCUUGUGUGAGUCUUCUUUUGUUGUGCAAUUUUUUAAAAUGAAUAACCUAAAGCACAUGUUCACCCAAAUUUUACAAAAUCAUGUGUUAUGAUGUGCAUUCACAUUUUGGCCAGGUUAAAAAAGAUUUUUUUGGGGUAUCUUUCUUGUACCAUGAUUGCAAUGUAUAAUAAUUGCUUGUAUUUUUUUACAGAGACUAAUUUAUGAUUGUUAGCAAUCUUUUUUUUACUGAAGUGACACUGUUGUUACUGAUGUCAGUGACAUCUAUGCAUACACUUUUUUUACUGCUCUUUAUUGUUCACCGAUUUUUUUUUACUAAGCUUGUAGAGGAAUCUUUCCUUUUUUUUAAAAAGAAAAGUAAAAUGUGAGCCUGGUUUCUCUAGAUUGCCUGUGACAUUCCAUUUGAAACAACAGUAUUUAAGUUUAGUUUUUCUGAUAUGUUUCCUCCUAAUUGUAUCCUUGCUGUUUUCAGUCAUACUGAUACUUUGCUGAAUGUGGUGUGGCCAUCAAAUCUGCAGAAAGCACCCUCUUCUUUUGCUUGAUGGAGGGGAACUUCAUAAACCACUGGCCACCCUUACCUGUUAUCUAUGGGGCGACGUUGUGUACUAAUACUGUCUGCUCUAGUCAAUGGGUCCAGUGUUCAUUUCAUUUAGAGAUAAAUCCACUUUCAAUGCAACAGUGAGUGGUUAGUGGGUGCUCUGGUGUGGUUUGCUCUUUCUGUCCUAUCAAACUUUUAUUAUCCUCAUCUCGCCUCCCCCUUUUGUUUGUUCGUUACUCUCAAGUAACACUUCUAAUCUUUGGCACUUAUAUGACCUAAUUGUGUUGCAAGUGCUGUAAAAUGCUUACUAAAACUAAAUCUAGAACAAUGUCAAAGAUUUGUGUUGAAUAACUAUAGAAAUCCAGAACAUUUUUGCUGGCUGUAAAUCAGUUUUUUUAAUGCUAUAUUGUUAGAUCUCCACAUCUUGAAGUGAAAAUGUUUAUGUGGUAAAUUUGCUUUGAAACAGAUGCGGAAAGUUUAUUUGGAAAUAAAACUGAAAGACAGAAACUCCAUG